CAGAGGGAGAGCGGGUCCACUCACUGAUACGAACCCACGAACACUGCCAGUCCUUCACUUCACAACACACCUCAGCUGCGACUCAAACCUCCAACACGCGCAACAUCUGGAGUUGGGACAGAGAAAAGCCGACGCUUUCAGCAGCUGCUCGUCUCUUUUUUUCUCCUCUUCUCCUCCUCUCUGGUCUGUGCGCUUCCACGAAACAGUGCCGCGUCCUUGAAAUUAAGUUGGAAGAGAGUUUUUGGUUGACGGCGAAAUAUAUCUCGUCCAGAGUUACAUCAAUCGCGGACCACUCACAGGGAGGUGAAUGGACCUUCACCGCCCCUUCAAGAUGGACAGCCCCUCCUACCUGCCAACUCCUCUCGCCUCCCCUGCCCUGAUGGUCCUUGCUUCCACUGCCGAGGCCAGCCGAGAUGCCUCCGUCCCCUGCCAGGCACCCAGGCCCUUUGGCGUCCCUGCUUCCUUGGAGAAGGACCUCCACCUCUCCUUCCCCUCUGCCUCCUAUACUUUCACCUCCAUGUAUCAGCGCCAAGGACCCAUGUCAGGCACCUUUCCCUCCCGAGACUUCCCAGCCUCCCUGCUCCACCUGCACCCCCAGUUCACUCCUCCAAACCUGGACUGCUCCACCCUUGGUAUGCUCAACCACAGCGGGGUGGGAGCCUUCCGACCUUUCUCAUCCCCACAAGAGGAGAGAGAGUCGGCUGGUUAUCAGUCAGCUUUCACCCCUGCCAAGAGGCUGAAAAGCUGCUUCCCAGAGGUGGAGGGGAAGGAGUUUGACUUUGGCUCGUUGGGGGGCGCUCUCAAAGCUGGGGAGGACUCAGGGAGGAAGCUGUUCUCCAUGUCAGGCCUGCUCUCUGAUGGAGAGGCGUCGUCUAGCCCAGAGGAGCGCAAGGAGCACAGCAGGGUGAAGGGUCUCUACGACGCUCAGGCCCCCAUGUGUCCAGUCUGCCACACCAUUCUGCGACCGGGUGAGCUGCAAGAUCACAUGGAGCAGGAACUUACCAAAGUUGCCCAGCUACAAAUCAGUGACACUCCAGUGCAGCAUGACCUCCUUAUAAAAACCCCAAAGUCUGUUGCUCUUUCUCUGCACAUAAAGCGUGAAGGAAGUUCUCCCACUUCUCCCCCUCGACCGGCCGAGAACACUCAUUCUGACCGAUACCAGACAUUUCUCCGUGUGCGGGCAAACAGACAUACAAGGCUCAAUGUCGAUGACCUCUGCUGGUGCAGGUGCUACGUCAAAUCUGCCCCAUUACGCCCUCACAGCGCAGGAGCGCACCUAGACUGCACACAAGCUGUCAGGAUUGGAAAACUGAAGCGGAGGAGACCAGAGGAUGGACAGGAGGGUUCAGUGGACCUGGUGCCACUGGAGAACGAGUGGAAUGAGAGGAGAAGGAUUCAGAUGUCAGCUAUCGUCGGAGGGUUUAAAGGUAAGGAUACAUCUUUGUGUGUGUGUGUGUGGGAUCUUGUUGUGUGGAGGGUGAAUAAUGUGACUGAGUGGCACUUGAAAAACCACUGAACUUUUCAGUCCACAUUACAGCGGAGCUGAAUGCCUUGAAGGGUCAACUUAAGAGUAGCACUUUUUGUGACCUUGACCCAUGACCU